AUGCUUUAUCCUGUUAUUGACGCAUUUAGUAAACUUGGUUUACCACGUAUUAAAAAUGAUGAUUUUUAUGAUCGACUUAGUCGAAGAUAUUCGAUGAUUAUUAUUGGAAUAUGUUUUACUAUUGUUACAUCAACAAAUUUUGUGGGUAAUCCAAUAAAUUGUUAUACACAUAAUAUCGCUGGUGAUCAUCUUAGCUAUGUUAAUUGGGUUUGUUGGAUAAGUUCUUCGUAUUAUUUACCAUUUGAUAAACCAUUACCAAAUCGAAAUCAAGCACGACCUGAAAGAAUACCGUAUUAUCAAUGGGUACCAUUUAUUCUUUUUAUAAUGAUGAUGCUUUUCUAUAUACCUGGUUUCAUUUGGAGAAAAUUAAAUAGAAAUUGUGGAAUUGAUGCAAAAGCUAUUACAAAUAUUAUGAGUGGAAUGGAUCAAUUAAAUAGUGAAAAUAGAAAAGAUCCUAUGAUAUCAUUAGCAAAACAUAUUGAUAAAGCAUUAACAUAUCAACGAGAUUAUCAUCAUGGAUUUAUAUAUAGUACUUGGAAACGUUUUUCAUGUUUAAUAUGUUGUACUGUGGGUCAACGUUCCGGAAAUUAUUUAGCUUUUGGUUAUAUUUUAGUUAAAUUACUUUAUAUUACUAAUGCUAUUGGUCAACUUUUUCUCUUGAAUAUUUUUAUGGGUAGUAAAUUUCAUUUGUAUGGUUUGGAAAUUCUUCAAAAAUGGUUUUAUGGACAAGAUAUAGAAUCUCUUGAACGUUUUCCACGUAUAACUAUGUGCAGAUUUUCUAUUCGAACACUUGGUGAUAAUAUUCAUCCAUAUGAAGUUCAAUGUCUUCUUCCAGUUAAUAUCUAUAAUGAAAAAAAAAUAGUUUCUAAAAUAAUACGAAAAAUAUCUUCAAGAUUAAUUCGAUUACUUGAAAAAAAACCGAUACAUGAAUAUUUCAGAAAAGGUUUCUAUUGGAAUUUUUCAUCACAUAUCGUACAUCGAAAACUUUCAUCUCGCUAUCACCAGAAGAAUGAAAUUUGUUCAUUAUGA